CCGCGAAAUGUUCACGUAGAAUUCAAUCCUUCCUCGUUGCUUGCUCUCCGAUGCCUUUUGAGUCCGAUCAGUCCACCAUCACUAAUCUUUCUGCGACGAAUUCCGCGAGGUGCGGUUUCUUUAUUCGCUUGGGACAACUUUUGUGCGGAUUGUGAACAAAGUGCUAUUAUUUCGCCGAUUCUUUACGCAGUGCAUUAUUACUAGCAAUCAAUAGAGAGAGAAAUCAAAUACAAUUGAUUGUCAGCAGUUUUGUUGUUUCUAAGUAGGGUGUAAAAUCAACAAAAGCGUGAAUGAACGGCGCCGACGCCUCCGGCGUGUCUGCCCAGGAUUUUUCUUGUUCUGUGGUAGACGAUUCCGUGGAUCUGUCGGAAGAGGUUAUCCACGAAGAGCUGACCGGAUCAGCAAUUUCUGUUACGAUCGAUGAUCAUUGGCCGGGACACAUUUUAGUCGAGGGAACAGAUGAAUUUGGCAGCAGCGUGGCCUUUCUGACCGACAACAGCUGUGAAAAUGCGUCUCUAGCUGGUGGUGGCGGCACUGUGGACGACAUGUCGUCAUCCGCCAUCACCGUGAUGGAGGUACAGCGUAUAAGCGAAUCCGACGACGAGGUAAAGAAAGCCGUAGAUCGGUACUACAAUCAGCUGGAAAUGAAAAGCGGAUCAUCGGACGACGAUGACGACGGCACGAAUCUCAACACAGAUCCGGAUAGUGCGUUUCUCAGCAAGUAUCUAAUGCAGUACAAGUUGGCCUCCAUGAGGCAAAGCACCGCCGACGAAAUGCUGACCAUGGAGUCCGACAUGAAGGGCGGCAUACUGCACGCCACCAUGCCGCCGCAUCAUGCGUCAUCAUUACACGGCCAUUCGACGUCACCGUAUGGUGCGUUGGGAUCGCUGAGUAUGAUGAACAUAGGACAAUCACAGCUGGGUCAUCAGUCGCAGCAUCUCGGCCAUCAGCAGCAUUUGACUCACAGCAACAAUGGCAGCUCGUACGGCCAAAGCCAUAACAAUCCGCAUGGAUCUCCGUUACAACCGGGUUCGGGGCUCAGUCCAAAUGGGCCAAAUCAAGGUUCUCAACAGCAGACACCGCCUCAGACGGGACUUGUUAAUCAUCAUAUUACCUCGAGUGGUCAGACGCACGGGCACACUCAUCUAGGAUCUGGUGGAGCCGUGAAUCAUAACAAUAACAAUACAAGCAAGGCAGCCCAACAGAAUGCGGACCGCGUAAAACGACCGAUGAAUGCCUUCAUGGUGUGGUCCCGUGGUCAACGGAGGAAGAUGGCAUCAGAUAAUCCGAAGAUGCAUAAUUCGGAAAUUUCCAAACGGUUGGGAGCUCAGUGGAAAGAUCUGUCCGAAACGGAGAAGCGUCCAUUCAUUGACGAAGCGAAGCGACUGCGAGCGGUCCAUAUGAAAGAACAUCCCGACUACAAAUACCGUCCCCGUCGGAAGACGAAGACAUUGACCAAAACCAAGGAGAAAUAUCCUCUUGGAGUAGGAUCACUUUUGCAAUCCAGCGAAGGAAACUCCAUCAGAAAUACGAGUUCAAUGUCAGCCGCCCAGCAAGCAGCCGCAGCAGCAGCUGCAAAUCGUGAUAUGUACCAGAUGCCUCCAAACGGUUACAUGCCCAAUGGGUAUAUGAUGCACGAUGCGUCUGCAGCGGCUUAUCAAUCACAGCAGCACUACAUGAGCAAUUAUCACCGGUACGAUAUGGGCCAGAUGCACAACGCGGCUUCAACGGGCUCCCUUAACUCGUACAUGAAUGCAACCGGCUACGGAAUGUACGGUACCGUAUCUGGUGGACAAACGUCUCCUUACGGUCUUCAGCAGCCCGGAUCACCUUACAGUACAAUCCAGCAGCAACCAGGAUCGCCGUACGGUCUGAAUCAACCUGGUAGCCAACUCUCCUGCCAAAGCCAUAGUCCCAGCGAUUCCAGCGUUAAAUCCGAACCCGUGUCGCCUAGUCCCACAUCCACCAACAAUAAUCUGAUAAUGAAACGUGAAUACGGUCAACCGGGCGGACCUGAUCUAAGUCAUCUGAUCAACAUGUACCAUGUGCCAGAUAUGCAAAGUACGGAACACCAGCGGAACCUUAUGCAGCACUACCAGCACAGUGUAUCGCCGGAUUUGCAAUCCCAGCAACAACAAGUUCUUCGGACGAUGGCUCCGAUCUCGCAUAUGUGAGAUUUGGCCACUUCUGUCGGGUUACAAUCUACGUCCUCGUCUUCACCGGCGGCGCUGGCACCGCCUUUAUCGCCGGUGCUGAACACCGGAACCGGUCCACCAUUAUUCCACGGCCAUCCGCCGCCACCGCAAUCGUCCUCGUCCUCGUCUUCAUCUCCGUUGUCAGCAUACCGGCACCACCACCAUCACCUCCAUCGCCAUCAUCUUAGCAAUGGGGGCGGAAUUGGCGGUGGCAGUGGAUCCAGCUGUAACAGUCUCAGCCUUGGCCAUAAUCUCAACGCAUCAUCGGCAUCUCCGCCGGGAGUCGACGUCAGUGGCGGUGGCAGCAGCAACAGUAGUCUAGGACAUCAACUUCAUCACAUCAGCAACUGUGUUAGUACCGAUAGAGCUAAUCAUCUAAUGGACAUAUCGCCCCUCUAAUCUUCACUUUACUACUCUUUUAUCAUUUAAUCAACCCUCUGCUCAUUCAUGUGUUUCCUUCCACGAUUUGAUAAUAGUCGAGAAAUUCGCGGACGUGUUGUUAAGUUUGAAAAUUUCCCAUUUCUGAGUCCGUCUCGCGUGCGCCUGUUGACAGUUCGAUGUCUCCCCAUCGUACGUGGCGAGAGCAAUCCAAGAGAAGAAAACCACUGUGUGAUAUUACUAUUUUUUUGCUUCAAAGUACACGAUUGAAUAUGUAUAUUUCUGAACUUCUCGGUUCAGUACCUACUAGAAGAAGUUGAAAUGCUAUUUUUAUUCUCUUUUUAUUUUCUAAAUCGAUAUAUCUUUUAAGAGCCGUUGUUAAUAAUUUCCUCCUUCUUCCUUCAAAAUUGAAAGCUAACAAUAAAAGAACUGAAAUAAAGCUACAGAAAUUAAAAGUAAUGUUAAACCAAUCCUUCAUCUCUGUGUACAUAUAUAAUUUCGAAAGCAGUAGCCAGAAAAAAAUGGUCCGAGUUCUAGUUUGUUUGCUGCUAUAAGCAAAAACAGAAAACGCCAAAUUGCCAUAGUUAGAUUGAACAAUCGAAGUAGUGCUGCAAGUGUUUUUUUUGUAUAAGCGGAAACUCACGGUUCUCUAUCCGUCAUGAGCGAACGUCUCGUUUUGAGUAUAUCGAAAUUGUAGGACAACGAUGAUCGUAUCGUAUCAAGGAUUCACUCGAAAAGCAUGUUUUUUGGAUAAAGUUAGUUUCAAACAACCAAAAAAUGCGACCAAACGCGUGAAACAAAAUUCUCGAAAUGACCAAGCACGAAAACUAUCAUCUCGAAAAAAUCAGCCAACAGCUGACAGGUAAUUUGAAUUAAUUGCUAUUUGUUUAGCUGAAUUUUCUCGGUUUUACUGCGCAAUGCUGCUGGAACAAAACCGACACUGGCCAUUGUUCGUCCAUCAGACCUGCGUCAGAGUGCAGGGCAGGUCCCUGCUGCCGCCAGUGCCCAAAGGUGGUUUCUGAUAAGUGUAGGGAUUUUUUUGGAAAAUCAUUCAAAAUAAUUUAGGCUUCGCCGAGUGGUGAAACUUUUUUGAUUCUUGUUUAACCACUCGACCGGGUGAAUUUUGGUCGGUCGAACGGUUGUUACAGGAGGUCUGAUGUAGAGCUCGAAAGUAGUGGACAACAACGAUUAUACGAUACGACGGUGCAGCCAUUUGUGACCCAAAUAAAAAGUUUUCAAGUAUUAUUCCGUCGAAAACUAUUUUCCAACAUUUAACAAUUAAUUGUGUGUGAGGGAGAAAUAGGAACAGAAAUUGCGGCUGGUCCGCAAUGAAACUGUUUUUUUUUUCGUCUUGGACACGGUAAGCGAUACUUGAACGCUCAAGUCCUGAAGUCUGCGGGACAUAAUAAUUUCAUAACUGUGAGUUGAAAGUUUUAUUUUUGACUCUUGUGUGAUCGGCAACAUAAGCUUCCGUAAUUGGUCGUUUCCUUUAAACCUUGUAAUGGCGGGUUUGAAGCUGAUUCUAAUUAAAAAUCUUAUGGUUAGUAUGCGGAGAACAGAGAGCUGGAGACAACCAGCCAUUGAUUGGUGGAAGAGCAUGAGACGAUAAUUUUCCAUACGGGUGAAGGAGAAGAAAGCUGAUCGAAACAACAGGGGAUCGAAUCGAGUGAUUUGGAUUCGAUCCCAAAUUUUACGAGUGACAAUUUUAUGAGCCCAUUAACGGCACCUCACUCGACCGGGCCUUGAGCGAUGAUGGGUGAAAUUGCCGACGAGUCUCGUUUAAGGUCGUAAAACUCGUCUCGGAAUCUGUGAUUUUAUUUUCGUCAAGCAAUGAAAGGAAAAUCGUCACUUAUUUCGAGGUCUUUUUUUUAUCCUGCGCCUCGCCACUGGAGUCUUACACUCUCUAUCUAAUGUGUGAAAAAAAUCGAAUUCGUUCGAUUUUGUCAAACCUGUUGUCUGGAUCUUGAUCGUAAAUUAAAAUGAAAUUAUGUUAAUCCUGUUCGAUUGUUAUUCACCGAAGGGACGCCGAAACGGGCCAUAACAGUUUAUCGCUGCUGCUGCUGCUGCCGGUGAAUUAUUAAAACUAAUCAAACCUUAAGAAACUAGAUCGCGCCAACCAAUCCUUAUUUUAUUCACUGCCGAUAGCAUUAAAUGUUGAAACAAAGGACCGAAGAAAGGCUGACGGUAAAAUUAAUCUGCGUCAAGAGCGUUUUCACCUUAAUCACUUCAUUAGAGCCAACUCCAUAAGGCGGGCGCAACGAGAAUGUUUUUUUUUCACGUCGGGGAUUUUUGCGGCUCUUAAGCUGCUUUGGAGAAGAAGCGUCUCAGUUCUUCAAACUUUAAGGUCCGAAGCGACGAACGUGCGUGUUGCUUUUCUAAUCGGAACAUGGAUAGUCAUUCUCUUGCUUGUAGCCGCACGUUGGGUUACACCAGACCGUGACAAAUGAGUUAUAUUUACUUUUUUUUCACAUUUUAUUGAAGUUGUGAGCAGCGACGGAUGCGCCCACUGAGAUUCUUUGGGCACUGAAACGCUCUUUUUUCACUUCAUCAGAUGGUUCAUUAGCAACUAUCUGCCUUGUUAGAUGAUCAAAGUUUUGGCGGGAUUCACAAAAAAAUUGAUUGUCAGUUUUUGCUCCAUUCGUAAACAAAAACAGUGAUAUUACUUUGCUGAAAUUCAGAAGUGUUGCUUAGAAUAUUUAUAUUUAUUAUAAAAAGAUUCUAAAUUUAAUGUCAGUCAACAAAUUCUGAACCGCUAUGUUUUGCUGUGAUUGGGGUACAUUUUGCAAAUGGCCCUGUUUUCAGUAUCUUUAUCUCAAACUAACAUUCACUCAAUCCUGACAACUAAUUACUAAAAAACAGAUCAUGAAGUUAAUGCAUGAAGUUGACUCUGUCAAGUAAACUUGAGACUAAAAAAAUUCUCUAAAUCUAUUUAAAAUGAAGCUUUGUUUUUUCAGUGGUUAUUAAAAAUCCGUUAAUAUUUCAUGAAAAAAAAACGGUAUUGAUGGUUGAGGCAAAAGUGAUUGUAGUUUGGGAUUGGUCAAAUAAUUUGCUCUAAAAUUGUAGAAUUUUUGCCAAAAGAAUACAAAAAUCUUGAUGAAAAAUUUUACAUACAAUUCCAAUUGUGGGUAUUCGUGUAGAAAAGUUAUGAAAUUCAAUAAUCGAGUUAUAUUUUAAAGGUAUUUUGUUUACUACGAUAUUUAUUUCAAUGAAUUUCAACAGUUAUCAAUAGUGAUCCUGCGAAAAAACAGAUUUUUUUUGCUCUAAACUUGACAUUUGAGGAUUAGUUUUGGUAUACUCGAACUGUUAGGAAAAAAAUCGUAUUUUCGGUGCAAAAAAUAGUGUUUUACUUUCAAAAAUGACUUUAGAAUCGUUAUUACUUGCUGGUGAAACUUACAAAAUUAUGUUGCAUAUGAUCCGAAUUUAAUUUAUGUUGUAAGAUAAUAGCAUUUGACAUAAUCUACCGACAGAUCGCAGCAUUGAAAAGGCCUCCGUCUAUAAAUUUUAAACUACCGACGGCUUUUUUUGUCAGAUAUAAGUACGUUCGAAUGUUUUCAUUUUCAUACUAAAUUGUUCAAGAAAACUUUAAAUACUAUAAAUUCGAUUUGAUAAAAAAAAUAUCGAAGUACGUUUUAAUGAAAAAAAUAAUUUUCCAAAAUGUUAAUGAAACAUUCAACGAAUAAGUUUUUGUAAGCGAUAAAAGUGGGGUUUCUAAUCAAACUACUUCAUUGGCUUAUAAUCUUCCAUGUUGAUUUUUGUUUGAAUUUUCUCAUUUUAUUUUUUGACACUUGUUACGAGGUUAUUAACAACAAAUCAAAAUGCAUCAGUGAAUUGCCUAAGCGAGCAAUUAUUAUUCUACAGACGGAUUGAUUUUUAAUUCGUUACAAAAAUUUCAUGAACAACAACAAAAAAGAUUGCUUUUGACAGCCAAUGUUUUGACAGUGUGUCGACAAAGCAAGCGUUGUAACUCCCGUUGAUGUAUACAACCCGCGACAUAUCUGAGAACCUGGAAUAUAACAAACCCAUCAUAAUACGCUCACCGCAGAUGGAGUCAUCUCUUAGUUAAUCCUUGCCUUCGGUAAAAUAAUGGCUCUGUUUGUUGCUUUUUGCCGUCGGGCUUUCUGGAAAUCUUCCAGUAGUCCUGCAGCCGACGGAAUCAUCUCCGACGACGGCUGAACGUAGGUCCGCCUGUUCGUCUGCCAGUCAGCAGCGCCUAAAUCUGCGCGUAAACGAGCAUGAAGGAGAACCCGAGAAAACCGAAUAGAGAAAUCUAUCAUCUUUCGAAGCCCUUUUCUCCCGUGUGCUCUUCUUCACCGUCCUCGACACAACGACUUCGUUCGUUCGUUCGUUCGUUCCAAAAAGAAGUUUAAUUUGAAAAAUUAUUAAGACAUCGAGGCUCGUUAUACUUCGAAAAAACUAAGACGUUCCCCGGUGCGAACUCAAUUCAACUGAACGUUUUCCACGGUUACUUUACUGGAUGUACCUCAGAGGGUUAAGCACCUUGGAAAGAGUAUUCCGUCAAAACUUUUCUCCAGCUUAUUUACAGAAAAGUUCUUCUUUCAAAACGUCCCUCAUCUUAGCACUGCAUACAGCAGACAAGAUCUCGAACAAGUACUUACUUAAAACAGAUACCAAAACGACAAAAUCAACAGACGACAGUCUGUCGUAAUCUUUACGACGAUUUUGCCUAUCCGAGAUGAGCAAAACAGUGAGUUAGAGAAUCCGCUACAAAGAAAAACAAACGAGCAGCUUUUUAAACGCAGCAAAGAACGAAAUAAGAAUAGUCUAGUAAACCAGAGGAGAGGAGAGUAAAAAAUUUUAUCAUAUAAUGCAAACAAUCAACCCAAGCAACAAACAAACAAACAUAAAACGAGAAACUGACGAAAAAAAAAACAAACUAGCACUCACACAAGUAUAUAUUAAGUGAAAAUAAAUCAAAGACGACAAAUUUAGCCAGUGCUCAUUUAAUUUAUAGGAAAGGAUAAAAGGCACGCGAAAGUGUGGUUGUAAAUUAUUAUAAUUAAUUGGUUAGUAACUAAUUGCGCUAAAAUUAUGUGCGAAAGAAUGGUAGUGUGCGCGAGCGAGAGAGAGAGAAGAUCCCAGACAAGCAACGUAGAAUAAAACAUGAGGCUGUCGGCGAAAGAGAGAGAGAAAUAAGAAGCCAACAUUAGAUGGGACUAGUUUAAAACGCGUAUUGUAAAUAUUGGGUAAAGUUCGGUUUGUUUCUGAAAGCUCAUCCACUAUCCGUUCAGGUUUGCGCCUUGUUAUUCCAAUAGAGUGAGGUAAACAGCAGCCUACAGAAUCGCUGAUUUGCGAUAAAAUCGAUGAUUUUUCUUGCCUCAUUUUUCUUUGCCGAUAUUCGGAGUUGAGAUUAAAUGCGAGAGAACGAGAUUUGUUUAGGUUUUUUUUUUCAUAUUUUGUUCGGUUGUUUUUUAUUUCCUCUGUUAGGCAAACGAACACUUAAAAGGUUCAGUUAUAACCAUUCCAAUUAUUCCAAUUUAAUUCGACCUUCUCUAGUGAUUACGGAACCCGUGCGCAUUAAUUCGGAACAAAACGAAAAUCGAUUAUCUAAUUUAUCACAAGCAAAUUCUCUGUGUUACGUUAAUCUAGUUUUCGUAUAGAUCAAUGUUUUGUUCGGCGUGUCUCGUUAGUUCAUCGAGGAUAAUUAUGCACAUAGAUCAUAACUACAACAAAACAAAGAAAAAACUUACAUGAGAACGAAUGCCAGAGCAAACGAUGAAAUUUGUAAAAAGUUAUUAUAGUAUUAAUGAACAAAACAAGUAUAGUGAAAGUAAUUAAACAAAUUAAAUGAAAAAUCAGAGACCAGCAUGAUAACGUGUGCAAGAAUGAGUGCAUUAACACGUCAUAAAAAACACAACAGUUGUGGUACGAAGAGUACGAGUUAUCAAUUUAGUAUACUGAUUGCGCUUCUAUUAUUUACAUACACACACAACUUGACACGAAACAAAGCAGUUAAACAAAAGACUAUACAACAAUCCAUAGCUCAGUAGUAACGCAACAGAACAAAACAAAAAAAAAACAUAACACUCACACGCGGUUAUGAUUUCAAAGUGAUGUAUUAUUAUUACUAUUAUUACAGUUAUGAUUAUUAUUAUUAUUAUUAUUAUUGAUGAUGAUUAUGAUGAGCAAUGUAAUGAGAACAGCUACACGAUGAGAUGAUAACACACAAAAAAGUAAAAAAAAACGCUGAACAAAACGACAUUAUCUAUAAAUAUGUAUCAUAUUGAUGAAAUAAAAUCGAUGAUAAAGAAAAUUUAUUUAAUAAUAUGAAAAAAGUGAA